AUGAACAGGGAGGAAGGAGGUGAGAUUGGGCAGAGGGAGAAGUCAAGCUAUGACAGCUUCAGUCCUCCCGUCAGCCUUCCGGAGGCCUCUGGAGCUAGAGUUGUCCAAGAUGGGCUGAGAGGACCAUCGGAAGGUACUUCGCUCGCACAACCAGAGAGAACAUUUUUGCCAGUAGGUGGCAGCGCUGGCAUCUUGGGUGGGGGGACCAACGAUUGCUGCCGGGUUCAAAUAUUGAGGCCGGACAUCGAGGGUCAGAAAACUCCUCCUCUCAUUGUGUACAAAUUGGGGCCACUGAGCUCCAACAUGCCCCUCUGCCCCCACCAGCUUUCACACUUUCUAUCACCGGGCCCCGCCGGGAGGUGGCUGGGCGAACGGCAAAGCGAGCAGGCGAGAGGUGCGGGGCGGCAGGCGGCGCCCCCGGACCCCGAGCCCUGCGCGCCGGCUAACCUGGCGCGGCGAGCCCUACUGCCUCACUCCGUCCCUCCGCGUCCCGGCCUCCGAGCCGCCGCGGGGAGGAAGGGUGCCUGGAGCUGAUUCCUGCUGCCGACCCUCUGCCUCCUGCCCACGGGCGCAGCCCCGCGGCUCGGCGCACCCACAGCCGCCACCUGCGAGAGCAAGCCCUGAGUAAGUCAAUUGAAUUCCUUCUUGUGGACCAUAAAGUGGGACCCGUCAUCUUGCUUCUUUGGCACCAUCCACGUUCUGUACACCAGGGUUUGGGACUUCAUCCCGGACAGCUCCAAGGAGGCUUUUCAGCACAGGAGCAUUGUGUACUUCAAGCUGGACCUCACGGACCGCUACACUAUCUCAGCCCUCACCAGCUGUCAGAUGCUGCCACAGGGGAACCUUCAGGACGUGCUCCCCAGGGACAUCUACUGCUGCCUCAAGUGCCACCUAGAGUAUGUCAAGCUCAUGACACUGUGGAUGACCCCAGAGCCGGGAAAGGGUCUCUGUGCUUACUGCCUCUUAAGUGGCAUCGCUGGGAACUGGGAGUGGAGGAGGCCCAUCUGGGUGAAGCUCAUGACCAACUGCUUGACCGAAGUGGACAUCAAGUCCUGUGGGGUGCCUGUGGUAGACCUGUAAUUUGCCCAGGAGGCCUAACGGCCGAGGAAACAGACGGGGGUGGGGGCGGCAGUGGAAAAGGUGGAAGAGCAGUGCCAUCUGCUGAAUGGGUUGAACUUUUCACAGGUCAUCUUGGCUUUGAACCAGAUCCUUCUGCAGCAGGAGAGCCUGCAAGUGGGCAGUCCAAACACUGUAACUGUGGGACCUCUGCUCCGGCAUCUUCAGCCAUGUCAGCUCCCAUGGCGCCUGCAGGUGGUGUGGGGUAUCAGAAUAUGGCUGCCCUUGCGGAACGAGGGCCAGGCUGGCCAGCGCCAAGGGGUGCAGAAUGAGGACUCGGGCCAAGCCCUGUUGGAGGAGUUCCCUGACAAAGGCUUUUUCUUUGCCUUUGGGGCUGGUCAUUUCACGGGCAGUGACACAGUGCUUCAUGUCUUGCGCCAUGAAGGUUAUGAGGUAGAGAACGCCCCGGUUGGAUGACCUGUCAACAGCCUGGAAGAAUGGCUGCUAAAUGGAUACUUUGCACCCAGCGCAGCUGACGUCCCAUCUGAGGCUGGGGCUGUGUCAGACAUGGCGUAG